UUAGCGACACACGGUUUCUUUCGGUGGAGUUGGAAUUUACUGUUCUGUUAUGAAAAUAAUUCCAAUAUACUUUUAAUAAAAUAAUUUAUUUUUGGUGAAGAGGAAUCAUAUAUCCAGAUCGGGUAAAAAUUAGCAAUGAGUGCACCAACAUUUAAUGAUGCUACUGAUGAAGAGCAGUACCUUGAUCUCCGAAGCCAUUUGAAAAAUCUUGGUGCAGAUAUAUCUGAGGAAAAUUCUGAAGCAGGGUAUUUGGCUGAUUUACAGGAUGUUAUAAAUGUGUGUGACUUUUGCUUCAGAGAAGCUAAUGAAGCAGAUGCUGAAUGCACUUUGAACAGUAUUGUAUCUUUGCUGAUUAUGGUUCCACAAACUGAAAGCGAACCUCUUGUAAAUUUAUUCUGUGAAAAAUUGACAAGAGCACCAUCUUUGAAGAUGGGAUGUGUUGCAUUUAAAGUAUUACAAAAUCUGUUUGCUGGAAUUGGGGAGCAUUCGCCUCUUUGCUAUGAUGUAUAUUUCAAUCUCACCCGUGUAGCUGGCCAAACUGACAAUGUCGGUUUGAUUUUUAAAGACAUAGAUAAGCUUAAAUCCUGGUUGACUGAAAUGAAAAUUCCAACUGAAAAGACACAAAGACUUCUACGUUUGCUACAUGAAGUUUUGGUUGAAAGCAAACAAAGUGACAUGGCUGCCAAAGUUAUGAUUGAAUUGCUUGGCACUUACACUGAAGAUAAUGCAUCACAAGCAAGAGAUGAUGCGCACAAAUGCAUUGUGACUUCCUUGGGUGAUCCUAAUGCAUUUUUGUUGGAUAAUUUGCUGGUCCUAAAGCCUGUAAGAUUCUUGGAAGGAGAACUUAUUCACGAUUUAUUGACUAUAUUUGUAUCGGAAAAGUUAUCAGCUUAUUUGCAAUUUUAUGCUGCAAAUAAGGACUUCGUUAAUUCAUUAGGUUUAUCCCAUGAGCAAAAUCUUCAAAAAAUGAGACUGCUGACCUUCAUGCAGAUGGCUGAGACACAAAAAGAAAUUCCAUUCAGUGUUAUUGAAUCUGAAUUGCAGAUAAAGCCAGAAGAGGUUGAAAGUUUUAUUAUUGAGGUUCUCCGAACAAAACUAGCUCGAGCAAAGGUUGAUCAACUUCAGCAACGUGUUCUUGUAAGUUCAACAAUGCACCGAACAUUUGGCAAACAAGAUUGGAUACAUAUUCGCGACACUCUUGUGCAGUGGCAUAGUGACUUCAGUCAGGUUCAGGGACACUUGCUUGGAGUUCUGAGAUCAUCUUAUGAGAGUGUUACUAAUGUACAAGGUUGAAAAUUAAAAUAAAACUUUUAUUUGAUA